CCACAUAUGCGGGUGGUGAUUAUCGGCGCAGGCCCGGCUGGCCUCGUCACGGCGAAAUCUCUUCUUGAAGCUGCUACGCCAGACUUUCCAUUUCAACCUGUGGUGUUGGAGCAAGAGUCUGAUAUUGGAGGGACCUUCCGGUUCCGCACAUAUGAAAAUGCAACGCUUGUGUCGUCGAAACAGCUCACGUCGUUCUCCGACUAUCGCUUACCGCUUGAGCACCCCGAUCAUCUCACAUUGGACAAUACGUCAACUACCUGCGCGGAUACUGCUCGCAUUUCAACCUCACAUCGCGGAUCCAGCUCGACUCCAAGGUAGUGCACGUCUCACGCAACCCGGCCGGCGGGCACGUUGUCUCGUACGUCACAAGGAGCCCAGCCGGUGCAUGGGACUACGAGGACAUCCACCACCUCGACGCGGCGUACGUCGCCGUCUGCACGGGCCUGCAUGUCAUCCCCUCGGUCCCUACGAUCCCUGGCAUCGAGCAUGUUUUGAAACAGCCGAAGGGUGAGCAGCAGCCCGACGCGCCGAAGCCGGCAGCGUACCACUCGGCAGACUACAAGUCCCGGAGCCAGCUUGCGGGACGCCGCGUUAUGAUCCUCGGGACGGGGGAGACGGGGAUGGAUCUGGCGUACGAAGCGGCGAAAGCGGGUGCGAAGGAGGUCGUGCUGUGUUCGCGCGGCGGGUUUCUGUCGUUCCCCAAAGCCCUGAAUGACUUUGAGAUCUUUGGGUAUCAAUUCAAGUCGGACAAAGCCUCGGUCCCCAUUGACUCCCUGAUUACGAAUUUGGGUGAAACAGCCUAUGUGCAUCCGUGGGUUGCUUCUGCGCAUAUUCGGUGGUUUGUAUCAGACUUCGUGAUCAAGCGUAUUCUAUGGUUCUUGACUGGCACGCAGGCAGGCUGCAACCAAUGGGGUAGGGGGCUGGAGCCUGAACGACUCGGACGGGCGUAUGUCUUCCUCAACAAGUCCCAUAAAGCCAUGCCCUAUAUCAAUCGGCCGUACCGGAACCGCCCGGCGAUCUUGGACUACAUGUCCCGUUACAUCGACCCGCCCGAGGACAUGCCCCCGCAGACAGAUUUUGCCGUCGAACUGGCACCGUUCCCAAGCCACUUCCUUCCCAAUGGGCGGGCCGUCUUCCCUCUGUCCAAGCGCAAAGACGCCAUCCGCAUGCAGACGAAAGACAUCCGCCCCGACUCGUCAUCUACGCUACCGGGUACCGGCAGGAGUUUUCGUUCCUGGACAAAGACGGCGGGUACGCGACUGCGGGCGAGGCUGAUGUGCGCAAUAUCGUGAAGAGCGGAGACGAGAGCGUGGCGUUCAUAGGAUUUGUACGGCCUGGGGUAGGCGCGAUCCCGCCCAUUGCCGAGAUGCAAAGUUUCUUUUGGAUCUCUCUCAUCAAGGGGCAGAUCAAGUUGCCGCUGCCGCCUCCCCACUACCAUCUUCUCGUGAAAGAGACCGCCCGAAUCAAGUACGGAGUAGACCACAGCUCGUACAUGAGUACAUUGGCGAAGGACAUUGGCGCUGCACCGGGAUUGCUGGAGCUCUGGUGGCAGCAUGGGACUCAUGUGCUUGUGUGCUACUGUUCGGAGCCGCGUUCACUACCUUCUACCGAUUGGUCGGCCCAUACCGUUCGCCACAGGCCGCGUCUAUCACGAAAACCGAGCUUUGGGAUACUGUCACUCGGAGAGGUAUUGCUGGGAACAUUAUCAUGGGCUUGAUUCCGAUGGUCUUCUAUCUGACACUGAACGCAUUUGCAUUCGCGUUGGAGAUGGUCUAACUCUGGGAGGAUUCAUUCGUUUCUAGUACAAUUGUUUCAUGCGAUAAGUUCUAGGGACUGCAGAAUCGAUUCUACUUCGCAGCGGGGUAGUCGGUGUACCCGAUCGCGUAGUCGAUGCCCUCGGCCCCGUACAGAUGCUGGAAGUCGGGCGCGUUGUCGAGCGGGAUCCCAGCCUUGAUACGGUGGCCGACAUCGGGGCACGUGACCUGUGCGAAUCCAAAGAACACGCCAGUGAUUCCACCACUCACAAGCUUCUCAGCCUCUUCCGGAGUAACACCGGCAUUGACCCAGAUCGGAGUUUUCUGCAAGAAAGGGCUGUAUGUGGCGACGAUGUCGUGCUGGGUAGCCCGUUUCUUGCCUGCCACGAAGAGAUGAGAGAAGAGCCAAGAAAGUGGUCGGUCAGUACUGACCAUCAUACUCGGGGUCUAGGGCCGCGCUGUAUCGAACGAGGGUGACGUAGGACAGCCCCAUGGUGUCGAUCGCCUUCAGAAGAUAGCUGUAGGUGUCGAUAGCAUCCUGCAGAGGCAUACCCAUGUCUGAAACCAGAACUCGUUGUCAGCUUUAGACUGACUGCCAGGAAAUACUUGCCAUUGUAGCCUCCAGCUGUGGAAUCAAAGUCAGCUUGAAAAACGCGCGGAUUGGGAAUGAUUGAAUCACCAGGGUUGAUCUUGAUCGAGACGUUCUCGCCAUAAACCUCAACAAGAGCCUUGAGAGCCUCCAACGCGAACCGGGUACGGUUCUCGACGCUGCCGCCCCAUUUGUCUGUGCGCUGAUUCGAGUGGGUUUCGAGGAACUGAGAUACAAGGUAGCCGUUUGCCCCGUGUACUGUCGGUCCUCGUCAGCAAGAUCUGCACUCAGCAUCGAUGGCCCAAGGGCUCACGUUCAACUCCAUCGAAUCCUGCCGCUUUGGCAUUGAUCGCGGCUUGCUUGAAUUGGGCGAUGAGGAUCGUGGGGUCAGGAACCUCGGUGGGCUUUCGGAAACGGAUAAGCGACAGAAUUCAUGCUAGCAGGCGACGCACCGUCACGUAGCCCGGGACACCGGGCAAAAGUCUGAACUUUCCUCCACGUGCAGAGAUGGCCGAAGGCGCCCAGACAGGCUACGAUAUAUGCGUUCAGAUCGCUGUAGAUGGCGUUGUCAGGACGAACCUCUCCAGCAGCCAAUUGCUCGGGGGCAUCAGGAUGGUUACCCGACCCACUAUCAUUCCGCUAAGCUGAGGUCCCGAGGGAGAUAGACCUUGCUACUCACAGUGCCACAAUUGACAGUAGAUCUUGGUACCCUCUGCAUGAACGGCAUCCACAAUCUUCUUCCAACCGUUGAUCUGCUCUUGGUUGAAGAUGCCAGGUGCAUUUGGCCAUUCGCUCCUGAAUGGGAUCAGUAAGAUGCGAGAUGCAUGCAUCUGAGCGGGGCCGCCGCACCCUUGACGCGAUAUGAGCGUUCCCUCAGUGACGAUAAGACCAGUUCCGCCCUUGGCGCGCUGAACAUAGUAUUCGAGCAUCACAGCGUUGGGGACGGUGUGAUCUGAGCGAUUGCGCGUCAGAGCGCUCAUUCCUGCCGCAACACUAGUCAGUCCAAGCCGUCCCGAACAUCGCGCAAUAGGGAACGCCCACCGAUCCUGUUAGGGAUGGUUACAGUUCCCAACUUGAAAGGUGUAAAGAGAGCCAUGGCGUGCUAAAGAUGGAUGGGAGAGUAGUGAGAGAGCACGUAUGAUUGCAGUAGCCUCUUAUAGGAUUGGAUGAGAUCAAUAACGGCUGUCCGACAGACCUGGGCAUCAGCAGAUGGGGCGUGGUGGCGAUCAGUGAGCCGAGACGAGUAAGGAGUUGCCCACAACCACCGAGUCUGGCCGCUACAGCGCGCUCUGCGAGAAGUUCAGAAGCGGAGUAGUGUCCUGGCCGGCAAUUAGCUGAGUGAGCAGCACACGAUCGCUAAAAACCACGUGAGGGCGUCAGCCUGCACAGUAAACACAAUUACGUGACGUCCUCAGAGACCUUUGUGGCUGUGGCAAGCUGUGACUGUCACUUCGACUAGUCACUUCGCGCUUUCGACCAGUUUCUUGACUUGCGUUCGCUCCAUCUCUCCUUCGCUCUCGUUGCUGUAUCAGUAUAAUCUUCCUUGUGUAUCAAUAACAUUGUUUGCGCCUUUUGAUCUCGACCUUGCUCUCCGGAUCCGGUUCAAUAACGAUCAUCAAGACUUCCAUUCGAUUUGCUUCCGAGAUGGCGGGAGAAUAUGCGAAGAAUAAGGCAAAGCGGUUCUUUGCCAAAUUGCUAGAGUCAGACGAGGAGAAGCAUAGCACACCCCCUCGACCACCUCCGAAGCCCGCAGGAUAUCAUUCUGGAUCUGGCUCGAAUGCAACGCCCACCCGACCGUCCAAUGACAACGUACUGAGCACCUCUUCGCCAUCCUAUGACUUCGUUCAAAGCUUUGACCGGCUCAGGCUGUCCGAACAACAUGCGUCUUCGUACUCGUACUCACCACCGCCCCCGCCAUCAUUUGUCGGCGGAUUCAAUCCCCAGAAUCUCAGUCCUGGACCACUGCCACGGCCGCCAGCAAUGCCGAUGCCGAUGCCGGCUACCUCGCUCACGAUGCAGUAUGCGCUCAAUCGGCCUCCACCUCAAGUCGCAGCCCCCAGUUUCCUGGACGCGUCAGUACAAGCAGCGUCUAGACCACAUUCUCUUCCACCGCCGUCGAACAAUGAGUCGCCAUUCGUCUCUCCCCAACCAUCUCCAGCUCUCAACGCCUCAACCUCUUCUGCCGGCCCUAGCCCAGCGCGCGCACCCAGGGGAAGCCCCGUCAACGACGGUCAAACUCCGCACCAGGGACCGAGACUUGCUCGGGCUUCACCAAAGCGGGGAAGAGGUGUACCCGAGAAGUGAAAUCUCGAGGACCUGCUUUCGCGUACCGCAUGACCGGGGAGGCGGAUACGGACAUCGACGGGAACCUAAGUAGCGAAGGUGUGGUGGAGAGGUAUUGCCAUCAGCAUAUCAAAGACUUCAUCGGUGCGACUGGGACUGCGUCGGGUUCUAUGCUAGGAAAUGGAUGGGCGAGGGCAGCCAAAGAGGGGACGAAGUUUGGGUCUCUUUUGCUGAUUUUAUUCCCUCGUAUCUUUCUCCGGAGACUCAGGUCGCCCUCCGUGUGGAAAUGGAGAAAGCUCGAUCUGCGAAAGACACUGAAGGAUACAUCUAUACGUUUGAAAUCCGAGAUCCCGACUCGCCCCAGAUCCGACUUAAGACCGGCCGGACCACUCAUCUUGCACGACGACUUGACCAGUGGAGCAAGCAAUGUUCAUCAAAGGAGCUAGUCCUUCGCGGAUGGUUCCCUGGAGGCGUGGAUCCUGAAACAGGGCUACCCGCGACGAGUCAUAUGAAAGGCCGUGUCGAUGCAGGUCAGAAGGGGCCGUCUUGCCAUAGGCUUGAACGCCUGAUUCAUCUCGAGCUGGCAGAUCUAGUCGCUGAAGGGCAAUAUCUCCGAUCAGAUUGGAAGAGCUUUCGGAGGGGACAGCCCCAAAUUAUCGAUGUCGAUGCUGACGAUGCGCUGGCAACGCCCAGUAAGAAGCCCGCAGCAGCGUCAAUGGGAUCAGGUCCGAAGUGCCCCGAUUGCGGGUCGCAGCACAAAGAGAUUUUUACUUUCACCCGGCUCAAGAAAGGGCCCUACAAGGGCAAAGAAUGGGAGCUGAUCGUGAAGCCGGUGGUAGAGAGAUGGGCCAAAUUUGUUGAAGAGCAUGUAGGCUAGGUAGUGCAAGUGAGUAUUAGCAGGCUUUUAAGCCUCAAAGUCAUGUGCUUGUCGCCGCUCUGCCCGGUCGCGAGGCAUAUUUGCUGAUCACCUUGGCGCCGUGAUCUUUGGUCAAGCGACUCAGGGGCCCCACAUCAGUGUCGUACUAUCCCAGGCAGGUAUCAUGGACAUAGGCGGUGGAAGGACCGACUCGGGUCCCGGUGUUACACGUCUUCGUUCGUUUCUUCCGCCACUGGAAUGGCUUCCCACAUUUCUCCUUCGAAUGCCUGGAAGGUAUUCCCUGCGCCAGGGCUUACACCACGCACGCCGCGAUCAGUCGCCUCCCGCAAAUUCCACCUGGGCGCGGAGAGCUCGGAUGAAGACGACUUCGAGGAUCACGAGGAGGAGCUUGUGCCCCUCCGACGCGACGAAUCGGACCAUUCGUCCGAUCUAGAGGACGGGUUUGGGAGUCCCGCAGCGCAACCUGCAGGGCCUGUGUCUGCGGAGGAUAAACGCGCGAUGGUUCUGCUUUGUGUAUUGUACCUCAUCCAGGGUAUUCCGCUUGGGCUCGCUUCGGGCUCGAUGCCUUUUAUUUUGCAGGAACGACUGUCCUACUCUCAGCUCGCCUGGUUCUCGCUGUCCAGCUAUCCCUAUUCUCUCAAACUGCUUUGGUCCCCCAUCGUCGACUCGGUCUUCAUCUCCUCGAUAGGGAGGCGUAAAUCCUGGGUCAUCCCGAUACAAAUCAUCAGCGCCAGCUUAAUGCUAUAUAUUUCGCUCGAAAUACAGCGUCUGAUGGAUGCGCCGGAGCACCAUGUGAUCCACUUGACCAAUGUAUUCACUGGGCUUGUUUUCUUCGCUGCUACACAAGAUAUUGCCCUCGAUGGAUGGGCCCUGACGCUGCUUUCGCCGGAGAACUUGUCCUAUGCAUCGACUUGUCAGACCAUCGGCAUGAACUCGGGCUAUUUCACUUCUUAUACAGUCUUUCUCGCUCUGAACAGCGAGCAAAUUGUCGCGAGGUUGGGAGUGCCGCGGCUCACGCUGGCCACCUAUCUCAAGUUCUGGUGUUUUGUAGUGUACGCGGUGAGCGUGUUACUGAUGUUCGUGAAAGAGCGAGAGGUCCAAAAGCAGGACGCUAGAUUGAAUAUCUGGGAUGUUUAUGAGCAGAUAUGGGCCUUGUGUAAAAUGGAGCACAUCCAAUCUUUGAUGAUACUAUUCCUCUUUGGCAAGAUAGGCUUUGCAGCCAACGACGCAGCGACCUCGCUGAAGAUGGUCGAAAAGGGGCUCCUGCGGGAAGAUCUGGCGAUUGCCGUCCUCCUGAACUUCCCAUUCCAGAUCAUCGCUGGAUGGUUCGUGGGCGCGUGGUGUCGAGGGGACUACCCGCUGCGCCCGUGGGUGUAUGCUUUUGGCCACGGAUCGUGUUUGCAUUCACAGCUUUGCUGUUUGUGUAUUACUUCCCCACGCCCCCGUUUACAGCGGGGUUGUUUACCUGCUGGUCGUUCACACGAUUUUGACCUCGCUGACAUCAACGGUGCAAUUCGUUGCCAGCAAUGCCUUUUUCACUCGCAUAUCGGACCCGCUGAUCGGCGGGACGUAUAUGACGAUGCUGAACACUGUUUCAAAUAUCGGCACCCAAUGGCCCAAGUGGUUUGUCCUCAAAAGCAUAGAUAUGUUCACGAUCAAAACGUGUCAGGCCUCAGAGCUUUCCGAUGCGACUGCAUCCGUAGCGCGAGCCGCUGCCAACUGCGUCGUAGAACGAGACGGUUACUACAUCGUCUCCACCAUUUGCAUGGCCUUUGGGAUUCUCUUUCUCAUUUUCUACACGAUUCCGACUGCAAGGCGGAUGGAAGCAUUGCCUUCGAGUGCGUGGCGGGUAUCUUGAGGUGUACAUACAAUCUCUAUCUAUGGGGGCAUAUCGGACCUUUCUGGAGCACAAUCAUGUAUUACUUGCAAUUUCAUUCUCGACACCAAGGAUAUCAUUAUAUAUCACGUGGCCAGAGAUGCCGGUGUCACCUAGAAUGGAGAGAUCUCUCAAACGCGCCAUUGGCACUGCUUCCCAAGUUCAUUCUUUCCGAACAAAAGGCGAGAGACGCGUGAAUAAAGGGAGAUCGAACGAGCACAAAGGCAGUUCUUGUGCCAAAUAGGGAAUGCACAGCCACCGUGUCAAAGAACAAAGAAACUCACCGAGAACAAUAACCUUAUGUCGUGCAUUGUCCGAAGGCGCGCUAUAAAGCGGCAGCGCAGCGAGCAUCAUGCCCAUAUUCAAUCACGAGCCCGCCCGUCUAUUCUCCCCUCUCCAUAAUACGCACGAUGUUUUCCACGAAACUGUCCAUCUUUGCUGCUCUCAUCUGCCUCCUUCCUACCUCUCGAGGUGCUGUCUUUGACGUCGUGGUCGGGGGUACAGGCGUUCUGGCGUUCACCCCAAACCAAAUUCAGGGAGCCAACGUCGGCGAUGUCAUUCAAUUCCACUUCAAGCAGAAGAACCACACUGUGACUCAAUCGAGCCUUGCUACACCGUGCUCUCCCCUUCCGAAUGGCUUUGACUCCCAAUUUGUACCCGUCGCCGCAAACGCGACCGAUUUCCCCAUUGCCCAGCUGGCCGUACGCGACACUAAGCCGAUAUGGGUGUACUGUAAACAGGUUGGACACUGCCAAGCCGGGAUGAUCUUCGCUGUGAACCCAGGGAACAACUUCUCCACAUUCCAGGCAAACGCCGCUGCCUCUGCCGCGAACGGUUCUGCUGCGAGUGUCUCUGCCCCUCCAGCAGUAUCCACCACGUCUGCCGCUGUUGCUGCUAUCACCUCUGUCGUCACUGUGACCGCGACCGUUACUGUCAAUGGCGGUCCCGUCACCACGACGUACGGAUCGUACCCAGGUUCCGCUGCGCCGACGUCCCCGAUUUCGACCGACCACAAAGUCAUCGUGGGCGGCACGGCUGGUCUUGUCUACUCUCCGUCCAAUAUCACUGCCCAGCCCGGCGAUACGGUCACAUUCGAGUUCCACGCGAAGAACCACACCGUCACGGCAUCCUCCUUCGCUGAUCCUUGCCGGGCACUCUCUUUGACCAGUACCACGGGCCAGCUCGGCUUCGAUUCGGGUUUCAUGCCUGUCGCCGCCGAUGCCACCAGCUUCCCGACCUUCACGAUCCAGAUCAACGACACCAAACCGAUCUGGGGAUACUGUCGACAGGCCGGCCACUGUGGACAGGGCAUGGUGUUCUCCAUUAACGCUGUCGAGACGGGCCCGAAUAACUUCGACGCUUUCAAAACCAAUGCAUUCACUCUCAAUGGAACCGCGACUUCUGCAUCCGCGUCCGCAUCCGGAUCUGGAUCUGCUGCCUCGGCGACUCCCUCCGCCAACAGUGCCCACACCGUUCGCGCCGGCGCGACAAUAGCACUGAUCGGGGCGGUUGUCGGCAUGCUUCUAUAACUUUUACUUUUAUCAUGACCUUUCACGCCUGGAUGCCUGUAACAUCGGCCACUGUAUCAUCUGCCCACAUUCAUUGUACAUGUCUGCAUUCGCAUUCCUUUGUAGCCCGUAGAUUGCUGUAGAUCCAAUAUCUAAUCUAAUUUUCGUCAUCAUCAUCAUCAUCAAUGUGGCUGCGUGACCACAUUCCAUUCACCCUCUGACCUUCAUCUUGCCUCGAUCAUGGAAGGUCUCCCGCAGAUCCCGAACCAGCAGGGCGACGAAGAAGCAGCGGCGAAGCGUGCUCAGGAGGAGCAGAUGCGCAGGGACAUGAUCUCCACGGUCCUCGACACGGCUGCCCGCGAACGAUGUGUGUCCUACCUGAAGAUGCGCCUCACCCACUUAGCCCUGAGCCACCGCACCCGCAGUGUCGCGUAUCGCACUCGUCAGUCCGGAACGAUCGAAGCAGAUUGAGACGAUUCUCCUGCGGAUGGUGCAGGGCGGUCAGAUUCGAGGGCGGGUAUGUGGCCACUGUGCAUCCUAGCUCUCUUCGCUAGCAGUCAUUUGAGCAUCGGUGCCGAGCAGGUUUCGGAAGAACAGCUCAUCGGCUUGCUAGAGCAGAUGGAGGAGGCCCAGAGUGGAAAGGCCCAGUCGAAGAAGUCUACGAUCGUGUUCCAACGGCGAAAAGAUCUCGACGAUGAUUGGGACUUUUAAGCAGCAGUUUGACCAACGCAAUGUACAGUAUUUGUGCUCGGAUAUUCUCAGCUGUGCUGCUGCUGCUGCUAAUCCGGACAACUCCGCGGUUGGGGCUCUCUCGCGUGCCAGAUAACCGCCAGGAACAACGGCGAUCAUAAACUCAACAGCCUUUCGGAGUCAAUAGGCAGUAAAAGCCUCAGCGCCGAACGCGCGUCAGGCGGUCGCAGGUUCAGCGGAACAGAACGGGCGACUUGCCACCGCGCUUUGUCGUACGAUGAGAAUGUACUUGAUUUGAGGAACGGCAAUAUCAUGGCCCUUGAGAUUUUGUCUCCCGCGUGGGAUGUCACAACUUGAAAGCUCGCAGACUGGAAGGAAUGCCGAGAAACCCAUCAAGAUCGUAGGGGCAUGGAAUCAAUCAAGGGACCAUAUGCCAGGGUGCAGCAUAUACGAGGCUAAGCCCAGCAGCAACCAUCGGAAGGUACACGUUGUCGUUGUGGUUGGAGAAGGCUCAACCGCAGACAGGGGGCGGGGAGUUUCAAGCAGCGAGCAGGACGCCAGCUUGAAUGUGGUAGUAAUAGACGUCAAAGGUUCUGAGAUCAAAGAUCCGGGGAGGUUAAAACAAUGCAUCAAGAACAUAAAGACUACCAUGUGCGGAAGAAGGCGGCUAGGCGGCUUGCUUCCCAGACACGAGUUUAGCAGAAACAGCCGUUCGGACGUGGACCGUAGUGGUCGUCGCAGUCAAGGGUGAACUUCUUGAAGGCACUUACCUAGGUCCGGCAGCCCUCCAAACACGACCAACGCCUUCUUAUUGAAAUAAUUCAUCUGUCAGGCGCCGCUUCAAUCCUUCUUUUGCCUCGGGUUCCGACCCAGCAAAACGACCAGCGGAUCGCUCGCUCACGCUCUUUUCACACGACGCUAUAAUCUCCGCUAUAAUCUCUAAUACCCCCCGCGCAUGCAUGUAGCAGGACGUGCUAUGGACGCCGCUGAACUCGCUCGAUGGACCCGCUUCGCUGCCAAGGGCGGCAUUGGGAGAUGCACGGCGACAGGAGAUUGUGUAGCUGAGGGUGCGGAGGAUCUCAUGUUUCUCAAGAACGACGAGAUCGUAGUUCUCAUGCAGUUGCCGGAAGAGAAUGUCUUUCUGGGCUAUUGUGAGGGCAUCGUUGGACGGUUCAACGGCGACCAUGUUCGUUUUCAUUCCAAGCUCAAGAAACCUGUCAUGACGAAACGAUCCUCGGUACCUGCGUCGGGAAAGGCGACGCCCACGCCAUCCAUCUCUGCCGCGCGCAGCCCGACCCCAUCAACUUCGUUCAGCCAUGGGUUCUCGCAUAGCACGGGUUCCAGUCCCAGGUCGCCAGCGUACACCUCUACUCCCCCCAGUCCGCAGUCGCAGCCACCAUUGAAGUAUCAACCGGAUACGGACAGGGCAUUCUCGGAAGAUGCCGUGCCUGCGAGCACCAGUUUCUCCUCGAUGGCUGUCUCGGCGUCCCAUUCGGAGUCGACGGCGACCUCCCUGUCCUCCUCCCUGUCCUCCAUCUCCUCCGCCGCCGUGCCCGACACCCCCGCCACGGUCUACUCGCCCACAUCCGAUCACGAGGAUCCUACGUACCCGAUGCCGUUAAAGUCGAUCGAUACAUCCGUUUCGGGUCUGUCGAUGGAAACGAACAUCAGCGCGCGGAGCAGCACGCAGGUGGUUUCCGUCGCUUCCAGUGUCGAUGACGGCGAGGGGGAAGACGAGAAGGAUGAUCUGCCUAGUGGAGGUCGCAACAGAAGGUCGGAGACCACGACCGUGGAAAUGUGGCCGGUUUCCUCGCCGUCGUCUGCGUUGUCAAGGAAACCGAUCAACAGCUCGCGACUGGCGUUGGCUAUCGGGCCACCCGAAGAAGGCGAGGGCGAGGAGGAAGAGGAGGAUCAUGCUAGGCCAGCGUCGAGCAGCAGCGACAGCGGUCAAGAGGUGGAUUAUGCGGGUCCGAACUGGACGCAUCUGGGUGGCACGCUCCCGCUGCAAGUGGUCAAGUUGAAUUCUGCAGGGUCCGUCCCGCCGUCGCCAUUCCAGCCGCUUUAUUCGCCACUUCCUCGAGCACCUGUGACCGAUGAACCGAUGCAUUUCGAAGAGUCGGACUCGGCGUCAGAAUACGGCAGCGAGGACCAAAAUGACGAGACCAGGCGGUUCUCGUCGCUUUCUGAGCCGGAGCCGGAGCCGGAGUUGGACGUGCAUGAGCACCGCGAAUCAAAACACGAACUCGAAGAAGCAGCGGACGAUGCACGCUCUGCACGAGGCUCGCGAUUGUACGCUGCAUCGGUUAAUGACGAGGAGGACUCGAGCCGGUUGUCUGUCGUUGCGCCGUCGCUUCAUGGGUCGGAGGAUGGCGAAGUUGGGAUCGGGCUUUCGUUGCUGCAGGGGCUUGUUGACGACGACAUGGGCGACGACUCGUCUGAUGAGGACGACGAAAAACGGGCAUCUUUCGCCCCCACGAAGAGCAACACUGGUUCGCCGUCGCGCCGGCAGAGUGACAUGUCGAACGCCAGUCGGACCGUCCCGCGGACUUCAGAGGACUGGGAUGGGGGCUCAAUCUAUGACGACUACUACCGGUUCUCGAGGUUCUCUACCAACCCAAGGUCGUCGACGUCGACCUUUGCCUCGGGCAAGAUGUCGCGGAGAUUCUCGCAGAGUUCCCACCGGGCCCCUUCGAAUCUGAAUCACACCAUCGUCCCACCUGUUCCGCAGCCCGAGAUCACGACACAGACACGAGAAUCGGAGGCGGAACAUGACCAAGCCCCGAGCGUCGCGGAAGUCAUCGAUGCUGUAUCGGACUCUGACGCAUCUGUGUACACCCAGGAAUCCCGCUCGUCGUCACCCCAGCAGUCCAAUUCGGCCGAAGACACGUUACUCGGACAUGCAUCGGCCGACGACCGGGUUUUGAGGAUACCAGCACAACUAGAACUUAACAAGGGGGAACCGUCGCCGCUGCUGCACACACGGUGGGGGAGUCCGGUCAGCUCGGAGUCGCCGCCGACGUCCUCUGCACCUGGGCAGUCGUCGUUCUUCGUCUCUUCCCCGUCUGGAAGUGCCGCCAGCCCGAUCGGACGGGCACUGGAGCUAGAGCCAGCCAGCCCGACUCAGCUGCGGAAGAGCCCAGAAGACGAACUCGCGAACGAUCCUGUUGUUGAAGACGAUGUUGACAAUGACGAGGACGUGACAGUGAGUAAGCCGGAUGCGCCUGCUCCGCUGGUCAUCGAGGAUGCUCUCUCGCCGCCCUCUCAAGCGAAUUCGUCCAUGUGGAUCAAUAGCCCACUCUCUCCGCUGCCGGCUUCGUCGCCCGAGGCUAUAUCGUCCCCCGAGACAUCGACUCCGCCUGCUAGCCAAGUUCCGUCGCCUCAGUCGCACCAUCGACCACGACCAUCGCUGUCUGAGCUUCGAGGAUACGACGCUGCUGCCCCUGGCCCGCGGACGAGUCUGUUCCUGCCCCAUCCGAAUGCGCCGAAAGCUCCUCCCACAGCAACCGGCGCACCGGAAGGCCCGAUGUACAUUCGGACCCCGCCGUUACCGCAGCAGCAGCCACCGCCGGCGGGCGAAAACGUGAACAAUGUGAUCCGGAUGUCCAUCGGGCGGUCGACUGUGACGAGGAUUAUGCCUACGAUAUACGGUAGGACGGAUAUCGAUUUGUCGAGUUCCACGGGGCCCGUCAGGAUUGUGUUUACCAUCGAUCCACCGCCGCCUUUGCCGAGCCAGUUGCCAUUCCGGAAUGGGGUGGUCCCGCCCUCGGUCUCUGCUCCUCCGCAAGUCAGAGCGCCUCCGCACAGUCGGCCGCAGCCCAUCAAAGCGGCAUCCUCGCCACCUCUGACAUCACCGAACGUGCCGCCGUCGAGCUUACCGCUGCUCGCUGUGGACAAACCGGCUGUACUAUCGAGACCCAACUUCACACCGCGAGCAGGCACGGCUCGACCGAGGUCAAGGAGUUUCAGUGGAUUUGAUUCCAGUUCUGCUCCUCCUCCUGGACUUCCGGAAGUAGAGAAGGGACCUCACAAAACCUCGCUUUCGAUAUCUAGCGCGCCCUCGUCUGGUGCAUCCGCUCAGCCAGCGCCUUCGCCUUCACUCGGCAAACACGGGUCGCGCAGCUCGCUGCGUUCAUCGCAUGCUCCGUCGCCGCUGUCUCUUCCGCACAACAACACGCUGUUUGGAGGGAUGCGUCCACCGGGAAGCCCACUGAGUGGCUCGCCUCUUGCGCAGAAGCCGCCUCCACCGCCGCCGCCGCCCUCCUCUGUUCCUAAAUCAGCAGCCAGUGUUGUGGUCGAGCCCAACAACGACCGGCCGUCGCUGGACCAGACUGAGCAAGGGACGAUGUCACCUGGGCUAGGCCGGGACUCGCUGCGGAACAAGCUGUCGCUGCCGAAUCUGCGGCGGAACCCGACUCGGCAGAACAGCAGCGACUCUCGAUCGGAGCUCGACACGAUGCAGGUCCAGGACAUGGACUUUGAGCUGAUCCGCCCCAACCUGGCGCAGUUGCAGUUGGGCUCCGGGCGGAGCAGCGAGGAUUCGUCGCUAGGCCGGGAUGCAGGGCCGAGUUUCGAUGGGCGGACUUCUGCACUCAGCGAGGCCUACCGGCGGACAGACAGCCCGGCGAUGUCGUUCUCGUCGUCGUCACAGACCGCGUCGACGGAGGCCUCGGUUGACGCCCACCGCCAGCGGGAGCUCAAGUGGGUCGCUCUGAUGGGCACGGUGCUCCCCGCGCAGGCCAAAAAGAGCAAGAAGAUCAAGAAACUGCUCACGGAGGGGGCCGUGCCGUCUUCUGUCCGGUUCCUGGUCUGGUCGCACCUGACCGACGGAAAGGGCAAGGCGAUCCCGGGUGUCUAUGCCCAGUUGGGAAAGCGUGCCCGCCCUGCUGCGCUGGCUGGGGUCGAGCGCGAUGUAGCGCGGUGUUCGAUCGAGCACCCGCAAGUCCAGGCGCACCAGCUCGCUGUCGUCUCGUUGCUCCAGGCAUAUCUGACCAUGGAGGAUGCGUUCUGGAUAUUUGUGUCGAUCAUGGACUCGUACAUCCGACCGUACUUCUCCGUCAACACGACUCAGCUCGAGGUCGACGCGUCCUUGUUGGCCAAGACACUCGAGGCCAACGAUCCUCAGGUGGCAAAGAAGUUGCUGGUAGACAUGGGUGUCAAUCCCGUCGACUUGUGUCGUCCGUGGUUCACAACGCUAUUUGUUGACAUCCUGCCUCUUGAAUACCUCAACCGUGUCUGGGACCUGUUCCUGUUUGAGGGCAUUCCUUUCCUUUUCCGGGUCUGUCUCGCGUUGUUCCAAUGCACGCGCCGGCGGCUGCUCGAGUCGAUCAACCAGGAUGCGCUCAUGAACAUCCUCCGCAAUCCCAUUCCCCCAACCUGGCUGCCGGCAAAUCCUGACGCCUUCAUCUCCCUGACGCUGUCUGUCAAGCUCAAAGACGACGAUAUCCGCAAGCAGCGUGUCAAGCUCGAAGCCCUGGUCAAGCGUCAGACUCAGCAGGCCCCGCGGUCCUCAGGGUCGAGGUCGGUUUCGGGCCCCUCCCGGAUAUAGUGGUUUCGUUAUUUAGAUAUAUAUCGUCGUACUUGCAUUUCACUCUGCUCGCAUUCACGCCUCGUCCCUUGUAGUAUUACCAUUCAAGUAUAUGAUUAGAGCUCUCAUCC